GCACAGCUUAUCUGAAUAGGGAAAACUGCUAUCUGCUCUCUCUCUCUCUCUCUCUCUCUCACACUCUGAAUUUAAAAGAAUUUGCAGACUCAAUUGUUUUAUCAUGUGGGUUUCUGGGGUUUUAAAGUUUCGCGGGAUAAAAUGACUUCAAAAUACAAAGAAAGCAAAGUUUACAUGGAGGUUGUAAGAAAAAUAUGUCAUCAGAUACUGCAAAUGAAGAUACAUCUGUAGUUGAUUCCUCAGUGACUGAAUGGAAAAAUGAAAGAGGGAAAUUGGAUGAACCAGAUAGUCCAAGCUACAGAGCAAAUGAGGAUACCGGUCGUUCUAGAGCAGAGGAGCACACAAAUUCAUGUCCGCAGAUUGGAAUUCCAAGUGCAAUUGGAAAGGGUAAAUUCUAUGACAUAAGAUAUUUCGUAAUCAAGAGUUUGAACCAUGAAAAUAUCCAAUUAUCAGUAAACAACGGGAUUUGGGCUACUCAAGUCAUGAAUGAGCCCAUUCUGGAUGAAGCAUUUCAUAAUUCCAGCAAGGUGAUACUAAUAUUCAGUGUCAACGCGAGUGGUUACUUUCAAGGAUAUGCCGAAAUGGUUUCUUCUGUUGGUUGGAGAAGAGACCAAGUUUGGAGUCAAGGAAAUGGUGGACGUAAUCCUUGGGGUCGAAGCUUCAAAGUGAAAUGGCUGCGAUUAUAUGAUUUGCCUUUCCAAAGAACUCUUCACCUUAAUAAUCCAUGGAAUCAGUACAAACCAGUCAAAAUUAGUAGAGAUUGUCAGGAGUUACCUCCAGAUAUUGGUGAAGCUUUAUGUGAGCUCCUUGAUGGACACGAUGCUUUGGAUGUUAAUUUGAAAAUGGAUAAAUUCGCAAGGAAUGAUCUCUCUUCAAUGCAUCUUGGAGAUGAAAACUCUAAUGCAUCUCUGAUGCCUAAUGGGUCCAUGUUUUAUCCCUCUGUAUUCUACCAACAUCAAGUUGAUGCUAGUAGACUCCAUGGAGCACCUCAGAGAAUAAAUGGUGUUUUUUCUGCUGAGGAGUCAGCCAUUGCAUCAGGGGAAUCAAAGUCAAAACCGUCAAGGCAUUCACAGAGAAAUGGAAGCCACUAUAAUCUUCAUGUAGACCCUGAUGUGGGUCCUCAAAACAACAUGUGGGGCUUGUCCGCGGAAUGGAGCCCUCUUGCCAGUAAUUUGACUGAAGAUGACAUUCUUGAAAUGACAUAUGAGGAGUAUCUUGAAGCUCAUAGCAGAGGCAGCAAAAGACCGCACCACCCUGUUUCAGGACCAUCACGGAGUACACAAAGGUCAUUAGUCAAUGAAGAACAUUGUGAUGAUUCUCAGGUUGCAGUUCGAAGAAAAGGAGAAGUCACUAAAUCUCCCAAUCAGUUGCAUUGAUUUUUCUUGGCGAGCAGGCUGAUAUGGUUGAUAUUUGUAUUGUUGCAUUUGUCACGAAGUGGUGGCUCUUGCGGAAUUGUUCCUUUAUUUUUGUAAAACUUUAAACUUAGGAGCACAUAUUGCUAUCAUGUUCUAGUAUAUCUGUACUGUAUUAUAUGGUCCUCUUGUCACCCUUCUUCUCCCUUCCUGUUUUUGAAUUGAAAACUUUAUACUGUCAAUGCGAACUUGUACAGGAAAUUAGCAGUCUUUGUACUCAUAUGUUCAUUCUUGAUUUUUAUUUUAGCCUUGAUAAAGGCAAACCCUGUAUAGAAUUGGAUAUUAUCUUCUUCUGAAUUUUUCUUGAUUAUUGUGAUGGAGAGAGGAAUUAUACUCUCUUUUUGGCCUCUACGAGGAACAUACACAA